AUGGGAGAGCCCUCUACCCCCUUCCGCGGGGGCGGCCGGGGCACCGGCCUGGAGCAGCUGAUCUCGCCCGUGGCCUUCCCGGCCAACAGCAGCCUGGACCCAUGCGCCAAAGAGACUGUGCUGAAUGCCAUCAAGGAGAGCAGGAAGCGGGCUGUGGAGGAGGAGGAGGAGGAGGACCAGGCUUUUGGGAACGAUCAGGAGAGCAAGAGAAGGCGCCACGAUAGCAGUGGACGGGGGCAGUCGGCUGGUGGGGGGCUCAUGAAGUCGUCUUUAACCUCCUCUAGGCCUGGCUCUCUGAAGAGGGGCCUUGUCUCGCACUGCCCGGAUGACUGCUCAAACAAGAGGUCACGCACCUCUUCCAUGAGUUCCCUCAACAACACGUACGCUGGCGGGAUCCCCAGCUCCAUCCGCAACGCCAUCGCCAGCUCCUACAGCUCCAGCCGCGGCCUCUCACAGCUGUGGAAGAGAAGUGGUGUGAGCGUGUCCCCGCUGUCCAGCCCAGCGUCCUCCCGCUCCCAGACGCCGGAGUGGCCUCUCAAGAAAGCCAGGGAAGAGGAGUUGCAUCGCUCCAACGCUUCCACUCCAGUGAAAUUGGACAAGGAGCUGCAGACAGAGAAAGCGGUGGAGACGCCGGUGCGGAAGAAGCAGAAUUCCCUGAGCCCGCCGUCCGCAUCGGGGAGCAGUGGGAAGCGCAAGCGGAAGAUCCAGUUGCUGUCGUCUCGCCGGGGGGACCAGCUGGCGCUGCCCCCACCGCCUCAGCUGGGCUACUCCAUCACGUCAGAGGACCUGGACGCGGAGAAGAAGGCAGCAUUUCAGUGGUGCAACAAAGUCUUGGAGGAUAAGGCUGUAGAUGCGGUCCCCAGCACCACUGCAGAGACUACGCCCGUGUCCAGGCCGCUGGCAUUCGCCGUGACCUCCCCGGGGCCUGCGCCUGCCUCGACAGCUCCUGCCCCAGCCAGCACCAACUCGCUCCUGGACAGCCUGAAGAAGAUGCAGAGCAGCCAGGCUGCGCCUGUGCCAGCAGACUCCACUGGAGCUGCGGUAGCGUCCCAGCCGCCUUCAUCAGCUGCACAGCCGCCCGCUCCUGCUGUAUCGCUGGAGUCGAGUUCUCUGCCGGCCACCUCUGCUGACACCCAGCCUGUGCCCGUGUUGAGCACGCCUGCCCCUGCUGCCCCCCCUGCCUUGGGGGUGCAGGCCCCCAGCAGCCUGGCACCUCCUGCGUUCACGGAGCUGGGCCAGACCCCCAGCAAGCCUCCCUCCUUCCCGAAGCCAAGCAUCCUUUUCGGGAUGCUGAACACCCCUCCUGCCAGCCAGCCGGCACUGACUGCGGCCGCUGCUGUGCCCACCGCCACCCCUGCUGUGCCCGCCGCGACUUCGUCUCCAGCAAAGGCCUCUCCUUUCGCCUUCAAACCAACGUCACAGCCGACCUCGGCUGCAGAUCUGCCAGCGGCCUCCACGACUACCCCGGCAGGAUUCACAGGUCUCCCUAACGUCAUCUUCACCACCGCAGCUACGACUGCCGCCACGCAGAGUUCCUCCACAGAUGCCACCAUUAAACCCGUCUUCAGCUUCGGACUCAACCCACCCGCCUCCACCGGCCCCGCCGCCAGCCUGACCGUCACCGCUGUCACAUCCAGCAGCACGUCGCAGCCCUUCCUGUUCGGGGGCCCGACCAGCUCAGCUCCCAGCACAGAAACCAGCUUUGCCACCCCAGGGCCCGUGUUCCAGUUCGGAAAGCCACCUCCAGCCACGGUCACUGCCACCACCAGUGUCCCAGGAGGCCCUGCCUUUGGCCAAGCACCUUCAAACUCGACGGCUCCUGCCACCACUGUGGGCUUUAGCAUAUUUGGGGGCACCACGCUGACCUCUUCUACCCCAGCCACGACAGGUCAAGCGACGUUGACGUUUGGCUCCUCCAUCUCAGCCUUUGGCAGUUCCUUCAGCACAAGCGCGAAGCCGCUGCCGCCCGAUCCCAGCGCCGCUAGGGACGCGCCCUGGCUAAUUGGGUGUUGA